UGGUUAUGGGGUGAGUCUUCCAGCUAACACCAUGCCUUUAUUCCAUAACCACAUACGGUGGCUGGAUCUGGACACAAUCAUUACCAAAAAGCAGAUUUAUAAUAAGUGACCGGGACACACACCAUGGCCACUGUGGAGGUGCUUCUGUCCGUCUUGAUGCUAGUCAUUAUCGUAGUGUCGUUGCUGUCCAACGCCGUGGUGCUGAUCUGCUUUCUGUACAACCCACAGAUCAGGAAGCAAGUGCCCUGUGUGUUCACCCUCAACCUCACUUUUUGUAACUUGUUGCUGACCGUUUCCAACAUGCCUCUAACUCUGGUGGGUCUCGUCAACAAGGGUCAGCCCGGUAGUGACGCUUUCUGUCAGUUGGUCGGCUUCUCGGAGACGUUCUUAACGACUAAUUCGAUGUUGAGCAUGGCCGCUCUGAGCAUCGACAGGUGGAUCGCUGUCGUGUUCCCGUUGAGGUACCACUCUAGAAUACGACGUAGAGAUGCCGCUCUCGUGCUCGGAUACACUUGGAUACAUUCUAUGUCUUUUUCGACGGCGGCUGCUUGUCUCUCGUGGGUGGGGUACCGUCCGCUUUACGCGUCGUGCACGCUCUCCGACGUGACGGAGAACAGUCAGACUCCGUUUGCUGUCUUUACUGUGGUUUUUCACUCCCUCACCUUUCUGCUGUCCUUUCUAGUCCUGUGUGUCACAUACCUGAAAGUGCUGAAGGUGGCAAGGUUCCACUGUAAACGGAUAGACGUUAUCACCAUGCAAACUUUAGUGCUGCUUGUGGAUAUUCACCCAAGUGUUCGAGAGCGUUGUCUGGAGGAGCAGAAGAGGAGGAGACAGAGAGCAACCAGGAAGAUCAGUACCUUCAUCGGCACGUUCAUGGUCUGCUUUGCUCCCUACGUCAUCACCAGGAUUGUGGAGUUAUUUCCGUCCGUGCCUAUCGACCACCGUUGGGGAGUGGUCUCCAAGUGCCUGGCCUACAGCAAGGCGGCCUGCGACCCCUUCGUCUACUCCCUGCUCCGUAACCAGUACAAGAAGACGUGUGGUGACAUCAUAAACAGGCUGCUGACGCCCAGCUCUAUGAAUGCAUCUGGACCAGGUCACCACGACAACCAUGAGACUAGGGGGAGGAACAACACAGUCCAGACUGCAACAAACUGAGGCCGGGGGUUGUGUUACUGUCUAAGGGUUGAUACUCUAUGUCCAGACUGAGGCUGGGGGUUGUGUUAUUGUCUAAGGGUUGUGUUAUUGUCUAAGGGUUGAUACUCUAUGUUCAGACUGAGGAAGUGUUACUGUCUAAGGGUUGAUACUCUAUGUUCAGUCUGAUGUCUGUGGUACUGUUAUUGUCUAAUACUCUAUAUGAGAAUAUAAAGUUACAAGUCACAUAACAAGAACACAGGAAGAAUAGAGGCAACGAUUUCUGGGAUACGAUUCAGUGUAUUUCUGUGGUUAUCCAACCUAAUCACGUCACACAGCGACCGAUACGGCCGUAGCAUGAACGUGUUGUUGUGAAGAAGAUGGACUUGACUCCGGGCAGAUUUGUGUUGAGGCAGACUUACUGUCACUGAGAACAAAUUAUUCUUAUGUUGAUCCUACUGAGGAGAGGUAGUUGUGAGCUGUAAACACACGAGCCAUUCUAUGAUUGUCAGCAUUUGUAUGCUUUCACAUUACCAACAAAUGUAUCUAUACCACAACACUCCAACAAGCGUUAAACGGCUGUCCCCGUAGGAGAACCCCUUUUUGGUUCCGAGAAGAACUCUUUUGUGUUCCGUGUUAAACCCUCUGUGGAACAGGGGUCACACCUGCAACCAAAACGAGUUCUCCAAAGGGUUGUCCAAUGGGGACAGCCGAACAACCCCUUUGGGUUCUUGAUAUCACCUUUUUCCCCCCUAAGA